GCUCUUCAACACACUUAAAUGCACAGCCGAUCUUUCAUUUAUCUCAUUCAUGAAUCCAACCUACCAGAAUUAACUGCUUACCAGCAAAAUUUACAACACAAUAGCUUCCCUUUAGUAUAAAAGUUUAUCAUAGCUAGUCAGUCAUACACAUUUGAGUUUUGUUCAUCUGUCAGUAAUAUCAUGAGCUCGAGUGAAGUGAAAGUUUUAGGUGCAUGGGCAAGUCCAUUUGUGAUGAGGGCUAGGAUCUCUUUGAAUAUAAAAUCUGUCGAUUAUGAGUUCCUGCAGGAGAACCUUGGCUCGAAAAGUGAGCUUCUUCUCAAAUCCAAUCCGGUUCAUAAGAAAAUCCCUGUCCUAAUUCACGGCGACAAGGCCAUUUCUGAGUCCCUUGUUAUUGUUCAGUACAUUGAUGAGGUUUGGACUUCAAGUGAAUCAAUUCUGCCUUCUGAUCCAUAUGAUCGUGCCAUAGCCCGUUUUUGGGCUGCUUACCUUGACGAAAAGUGGUUUCCGUCGAUGUCUAAAAUAGCAAGAGCCAGGGGGGAGGAAGAGAAGAAAGCGGCAAUAAAGCUAGUCCAAGAAGGACUGGUUUUGCUGGAAGAUGCCUACACAAAAUGCAGCAAAGGCAAGAUGUUUUUCGGAGGGGAGAAAAUCGGGUUCCUUGACAUUGCACUGGGAUGCUUCUUGGGAUGGCUUAGAGUUACAGAGAAGGCGCACAAGGUGAAACUGAUUGAUGAAGCCUAUAGUCCUGGACUCGUCAAGUGGGCCGAGAACUUCUGCGCAGAUGCUGCUGUCAAGGAUGUCAUGCCUGAAACCGACAAGUUGUAUGAGUUCUCCAAGGUGCUUAUGGCCAAAAUGAGAGCUCCGCAGAAACCAGCUUGAUGUUGCAUUUUCGAUUUGCCAUUGUGUUGUGCGAAUAACAACAAUAAUAAUCAUAUUUAUUAUUGUAACCUUCUUUAUCGGAAAGUUGCAGAGUGGAUUUCACAUUUUUAAGGCCAUAGUCGCUAUUAAUAUAUUUGAGCUUGCAUUUUGAAGUA